AUGUGUGCCCACUGUUACGGUGCCGCGUUGUUGAUUACUUUCCGUCAUUGGCGAAAACGCCCUCUGAAAGAAAACAAAUCAAACCGCCUCUGCGACCGACACCCUCAGCAUAGACCUUACCUUCCAGGGCAACUAGACAAUAUGGCUCGUCCAGGCCCCUCAGCAAGAAAUUUGACUCUCACAGAAGAGUUGGAGAAACUUGAACAGUCCAUCACUCUAACUCUGCAAGAGAUCGAUUCCAACUUUAGCAAGGCUCACCGGAUUGUCACCACGAGCAUUCUCCCCAUCGUAGAGCAGUAUGGCGAACAUUCAAAAAAUGUCUGGGAAGCUUCCAAGUUUUGGAAGCAAUUUUUCGAGGCUUCUGCCAACGUAUCGCUUUCCGGAUACGAAGAACUAGCCAAUGAUGAAGAUGAGACCAGCGCGGUUGAAGAGUCGACGGCACAAGACGAGACAUCGGUGAACUACACUCCACGACGUGGUGCUGAGGACGAAACCAUGGCUUCAGCUGCCGAGUCCACUUUCCAAGCCGAGGAGUCCAUGCUCGGCGGCGGCGACGACGAUGACUUAACGGGCAGCACACCGCGACUGCCUAAGACGAAAACAAUACAAACACAAUUUUCCAGCCUCGAGUCGCCCUACGAGGCACUUAAACGCGAGCUCAAGGGCGAGCCGCCCGCCCCCCAUGAAGAAGACGACGAAGACGAAGAUCUUGGCCUUGGCGAGGACUCAACUGUGCUCUUCGCACAGCACACUGCCCGGUUGCCGGACAUGUCAAUGACACCUCGCUCCUCGCUGGUACCGCCCUCCGGCCUGCAGCAGUCGACACAAGGCCACAAGGACCCUCUGAUGCAUCGCAUGCUUGACAAAACGUUCCGCAUUCAGGCGACGCCGCACAAAGGCCCUACGUAUCGCGUGUCUCCCCUGAAACGAGAAGCGAGACCCAAGGAGGAAGAAGAAGAUGUGCCGUCGUGGCGGCGCCAGGACUCACCCAUGUCGUCACCCGUCAUGGCCGUCCCAACAUUGCGCAGCGAGGCCUUCAUGUCGCCCGCCAAGUCCAGGCGACUCGCCGCGACUGCGACUUCUGCGGGGCCUCGUACCCCAGGCGUCAGCGUCCAGACUCCGGCUACUGGCCGGAAGACCAAGGACGUGUUUGCUAGCAAGCCUACCCUCAGGAGCACUUUCGACGACGACACCACAACGACAGACCUUGGUGCCAGCGGGUUGGCAAAGGAGAAAUACGAGAUCAAUUGGGAAAGCGACAGCGAUGAGGAUCAGGGAUUGUACGGUGGCAUGAGCCCGCCUAAGACGAUUCAGUUUGCGCUUCCUCAGUCCAAGUUGCUUCAGACGCCUGCUAGAGAAGCGAGUAAGCGUAUUGUGGACGACAUUCUGUUAACAGCUGGCGCCGAGCCGGACAGCUCAGAGUACAGUCCUACGAUGGUCAAAAUGAACGAGGACAUUCUUAAUGAAAGCUUUUAA